AUUUCCAAGCUGCACCACCGAGGCUCAUCCCUCCGCGGGAAUCUGAAUGUUGACCAGCCGAGGCUGAAAUUUGUAGACACUCCCCGGCGAGGGCGGGGAUCUCGGGAAGUACUCGGGCUCCCGAAGGUUUUGCUUUCCAUUCUGCCCUCCGGCUGCUGCAGAAAGGAGCAAACCCGCCGCGUAGAAGUGCCCUAGAGUUCUCACAACGUGCCAGCUUUGUCUCCAGAGAUCCUCGCUUAAACAUGACAGUUUGUGGCCUCGUCAAGACCUCUCAGGAGCCAGUGCCCUUGCAAAGCAUCUCUGUGGAUGUGGUGGUCCAAGGCUUCGUGGCUGAUGUCGUGUCUGAGCUUCGGUACAAGAAUGAGGAAAAGAACCCCGUGGAGGUGACCUUUGUUUUCCCUCUGGACGAUGAAGCUGCCGUCUACGCUUUUGAGGGCCUGAUUGGUGGGACACGGAUUGAGGCUCAGAUCCGAGAGAAGAAAGAGGCACAGCAGGAAUACGAGGAUGCCCUGAGCGAAGGACGGGAAGCCUUCCUGCUUGAGAGGGAGACAAACACCAGUGACAUUUUCACCUGCAGCCUGGGAAACCUUCCGCCCAGUGAGGAGGCCACGCUGAAGCUGCGCUAUGUCCAGGCGUUGGCUCCAGAACCCGAUGGGGCCGUCCGCUUUGUCCUGCCUGCUGUGCUGAACCCACGCUACGAACCCCACGGGUCAGACAAGAACACAGUCACCAAGAGCAUACCACGAGUGCCCCAGGGAAAGCUUCCCUAUACGCUGGGCCUCUGCGCCACACUGGAGUCCUCCCAUGGCAUCAACCGGGUAGAAUCAAAAUGCACCUUGGAGCCCCUUCGCUACACAGUGGAAGACCACACUGCUGCCAAGGUCUCCUUGGCUGAAGGGCACCAAUUUGACCGAGAUGUGGAGCUGCUGAUUUAUUAUGAGGAAGUUCACAAGCCCAGCGCAAUCCUCGAGGCUGGGAAGCCAGGAGCUGCGUCAGGUUCCCUGAUGGGGGACCCAGCCCUUCUGGUUACCCUGUACCCCAGCUUGCAGUGUGCCCCCAAGCCAGGCCUGAGUGCCACUGGGGAAUUCCUCUUCCUGCUGGAUCGCUCUGGCAGCAUGGAUUGCAGCUCUGAUUACAACAUCCCUGAUGCACCACAACGUAUUCAGAGCGCCAAGGAGACCCUGAUUCUCCUCCUGAAGAGCCUCCCUCUGGGAUGUUUCUUCAACAUCUAUGGCUUCGGAUCCACCUACGACUCGUUUUACCCGCAGAGCGUAGAGUACACCCAACAGACCAUGUCAGAAUCCCUCCAGCGUGUUAAGGACCUCGGUGCUGACUUGGGGGGCACAGAAAUUCUGCAACCACUGAAGGCCAUUUACAGCCAGCCAUGCCGAGAAGGACAUCCUCGUCAGCUGUUUGUGUUCACAGAUGGAGAGGUAUCUAACACCGAUCAAGUCAUUGCAGAAGUUCAGCGUCACAGCACUUCCCACAGGUGCUUCUCCUUCGGCAUUGGCGAAGGGGCCUCCACAGCACUCAUCAAAGGCAUUGCACGAGCGGCCGGAGGCAGUGCCGAAUUCAUCACGGGCAAGGAGCGCAUGCAGGCCAAGGCCCUGCAGUCUUUGAAGAAGGCCCUGCAGCCAGCAGCGACAGGGAUCUCUCUGCGUUGGGAUUUGCCUUCCGGUCUUGAGGCCGUGCUUGUGGGGUCUGGUCCCCAGGUCAUCUUCGAAGGGCAGCGCAGCCUCAUCUACGCCCAGAUCCGGGGACAGCAUCAGUCCUCGGUUGCCUCUGGGGGGUCUGUUGUGCUGCAGUACAACUUCCAAGGCCAGACUUUCACAGAUACGGUGGAGUUCCCCCUCCAAGCUGAGGAGCGUGACAGGCUCCCGGUUCAUCGACUGGCGGCUCGAGCCCUGUUGCAGGAUCUGGAGGGCGCUGGAGAGAAGGAGGAAGAAAAGCAGCGCCUGGCUCUGCAGACGAGCUUGAGCUCUGGGGUGGUGUGUUCCCAGACGGCCUACAUCGGGGUGAACACAGAGAAGGGCCAGCCAGUGCAAGGCCCCCUUAUCCACCGAGAUGUCCCCCUUUCACACUACCAAGGUGCAAUGAUUAAGAAGCGGUGCCCACGUUCAGCCCCAGGCAUUUUUAUGGCUCAGUGUGCCCCCAUGCCCAAAGCGUAUUCAGUAACGCUGAACGACUGUGCGGUCUACGAGGGUUCUUCAGGUCAGCGGCGUAAACUUCGUGGGGGGGGCAGGGCGCGAGCCUCCCCUGAUAUUUCCUUGAAGGGUGUUCCUCUUCGGACAUCACACGCGAGAGCCUUUGUCGCGGAGGAGAUGGAAGAGCCCACCCCCAAGAAAGAGGAAUCCCCUCUCCUGAGGCUGGUCUCCCUGCAGAAUGCGGAUGGCUCCUGGGUCCUUGAUUCCAGCCUGGCCAGUCUGCUGGGCCUGAAUGAGGCUGAGAUCACGAGCAAAACACCUGAACAGGUGGCCCCCAAUGUGUGGGCAACUGUGCUGGCCAUCUUAUGGCUCCACUCCAAUGCUGCAGAGCAGAGGGAUGAAUGGGAGCUGCUGGAAGGGAAAGCGCUCCACUGGCUUCAAGCAACUGCAGGGUCUCGGCUAGCGGACUGCGUGAAGACUGGCAAUGCAGUGCUGGGCAGCAGCGUGAGCCCCCAGACUCUGGGUCUCUGAGCUCCUCUCUCUUCCCUUGUGCCUUGAAACUGGAGCUCCUGCUUCGCUCCCUCUUCUCAUCGUGCCCAAAUGUAACCAGCUGCUUUUAGGAGGACCUGACUGAAUUCCUUGGGUAGUUGUUCAUUCCUGUGCCUGAGACCCUUCCUUACCAGUGUGCUGGGGCUCCACUGUGCCUGAAAGUUGCUGCUCUUUCCCCAGCCCUGAGGUGCCUUAUGGUCCUAAGUCCUCUUUUCUCACCACACACUCUGUGGCAGGC